AACCUUUGUGAAUAUUGCAUUUCCUGAAGGGAUGUUUACAUUACAUGCAGUCAUUUCCUGUUAUUUCUUUCCAAUGAGCUCUGACUUUCAAGCAUUACAUGAAGAACAUGAGUUUGGAAAGUCUCUGGGUUGAAUACCUAGGAUAACUAAAAAUAAAGGCAGAAAUCAAACAAUCUACCUGCAUACAACAACCACAAUCACUGUGCUCUCGUGGUUCUUUAUGGCCAACUCGAGUGGACGUCCAUCUUUUGAAUUAUGUGCUCUCUCGAGUGUUCUGCAAAGUAAUGUAACGGAGGUUAUCAGCCACUGAACCACAUCACCGCACAAACUGCUGUAAACGUCUGCUAAGGAGAGUGCUCACGACAUUGUUAUGGCUGGUGUUGAAUAUUUGUAGCAUCAGAUUACUCAGUAAUUAAAGAAAAUUAUCUUUUCUGCUUGGAUUAUUAUAGCACUCAGGAUUACUUAAUCCGUGACGCAGCAGAAUAACAAGAGCGCACAAUCUUCGUCGCAGACAGUCUCAUGUGGACAAACACUGCCAAGCAUGUUGCGUUUGCCUGUGGUGAGCCGGAGUCUCUUUCCAGCAGCUAUUACCAAAGGAGGUGCGGCAGCAAGCAACAAUGCUCGCACUGCAGCGACAGCAACUGCACCUGCCAGUAACCUGCUGGAGGUGUUUGUGGAUGGCAAGCCUGUCAUGGUGGAGUCAGGGACCACUGUGUUGCAGGCAUGUGAGAAGGUAGGAAUACAGAUUCCUCGGUUCUGCUACCAUGAGCGCUUGUCAGUGGCAGGAAACUGUCGCAUGUGUCUUGUUGAGAUAGAGAAAGUUCCUAAGCCAGUGGCAGCUUGUGCUAUGCCAGUUAUGAAGGGCUGGAACAUUUUAACCAACUCUGACAAAACAAGAAAGGCCAGAGAGGGUGUGAUGGAGUUCCUACUAGCUAACCACCCAUUAGAUUGUCCAAUUUGUGAUCAAGGAGGAGAAUGUGAUCUACAGGACCAGUCCAUGCAGUUUGGAAGUGACAGGAGCCGCUUCACUGAAGGCAAAAGAGCCGUGGAAGACAAGAACAUUGGCCCUCUCAUCAAAACCAUUAUGACUCGCUGUAUCCAAUGCACUCGCUGUGUGCGUUUUGCCAGUGAGAUUGCAGGUGUGGAGGACCUGGGUACCACAGGCAGAGGCAACGACCUGCAGAUUGGCACAUAUGUGGAAAAGAUGUUCAUGUCUGAGCUUUCUGGGAAUGUUAUUGAUAUAUGCCCAGUGGGGGCUCUGACUUCUAAGCCAUAUGCAUUCACUGCUCGACCUUGGGAGACCAGGAAGACUGAAUCCAUUGAUGUUCUGGAUGCGGUGGGUACUAACAUUGUGGUGAGCACUCGUGGAGGUGAGGUGAUGAGAAUCCUGCCUCGUCUUAAUGAAGACAUUAAUGAAGAGUGGAUCUCAGACAAAACCAGGUUUGCUUAUGAUGGACUCAAGAGGCAGAGGCUUACUCAGCCUAUGGUGAAAAAUGAGUCUGGGCAGUUGGUUCCCACAUCCUGGGAAGAUGCGCUUACUCGAGUUGCUGGAGCUUUGCAAGGAGUUAAAGAAAAUGAUGUUGCUGCUGUUGUCGGAGGCUUGGUGGAUGCAGAAGCUCUCAUUUCCUUGAAAGACUUGCUGAAUCGUUUGAAUAGUGACAACCUGUGCACUGAGGAGGCAUUCCCAAUAGCUGGGGCUGGAUCUGACUUGCGUUCAAACUAUCUCCUAAACACUGGGAUUGCUGGCAUUGAAGAAGCUGACCUGCUGCUUCUGGUUGGCACAAAUCCACGCUAUGAGGCUCCUCUGUUCAAUGCAAGAAUCAGAAAAAGCUGGCUUCACAAUGAGUUGCAAGUGGCUCUUUUGGGAAAGGAAGUGGACCUAAGUUACACAUAUGACCAUCUUGGAGAUUCUGCCAAGGUUCUCCAAGAAAUUGCCUCAGGAACUCAUCCGUUUUCCCAGGUCUUGGCUAAAGCAAAACAUCCUGUUGUUGUGGUUGGCAGCAGUUGCCUGCAGAGAGAGGAUGGAGCUGCCAUAAUGGCUGCUGUGUCAACCAUUGCUCAGAAUGCUCGCAUCAGCAGUGGAGUGGAGGAAACCUGGAAGGUUCUUAACGUGCUUCACAGGGUUGCCAGUCAAGUGGCUGCACUUGAUCUUGGGUACAAGCCAGGAGUGGAGGCUAUCAGAAAGAACCCACCCAAACUUCUGUUCCUACUGGGAGCUGAUGCUGGCUGCAUUACUCGCCAAGACCUCCCAAAGGAUAGUUUCAUAAUUUAUCAAGGUCACCAUGGUGAUGCUGGUGCACCAAUGGCUGAUAUCAUACUUCCCGGAGCUGCAUACACUGAGAAAUGUAGCACCUAUGUGAACAUUGAAGGCCGUGCCCAGCAGACCAGAGUGGCUGUGACUGCUCCGGGCAUGGCUAGGGAGGACUGGAGGAUCAUCAGAGCCAUAUCUGAGCUUGCUGGAGUGACUCUUCCAUAUGACACCCUUGAUGAAGUGCGUGACAGACUGGCUGAGGUUUCUCCUAAUCUGGUGCGGUAUGAUGACGUUGAGGAGGCCAACUACUUUAAGCAAGCUAAUGAACUGUCUAAGGCAGUGAACCAGACUGUCCUUACUGAACCUUUAGUCCCUCCACAACUUACUGUGAAGGACUUCUAUAUGACAGAUCCAAUAAGCAGAGCCUCCCAGACGAUGGCAAAGUGUGUGAAAGCUGUCACAGAGGGCGCACAAGCUGUGGACGAGCCAGCCAUAUGCUAAAGCACAGUGGAUAUCCAUCCAGUCCUUGAAAAAAAUUAUACGCACAACUCGCUAUUUGCACAUUCCUAGAAAAUUAAGUAUUUGCAAUUGUGUUUUACUGUUAUAGAUGCCUCAACAUGAGUACACAUUAUGGAACUAACAUACUUCAGUAACCUGCAGAAACAUGUAUGUGGAAAGCUGUAAGCUUAGAUUUACCAAAUCUCUAAAGAUGCACCCCUGACAGUUUUUUUUUUUCCUUCACCUGUUAGGACAUUUACAUUUUAGUAGGUGUGACCCAAAGGUUAAAAUCCACAUCCUUCAAAAGUACAUCUAGUUUCAUGUCUCCCUGUAAAAUUACAAGCAUUUUAAACGUGUUAAGAUUAUAUUUUCCUAAAGGUAUACAGAGAAUAUAGUAUUUCAAGUGUGGGCAUUUGUGUGAUAUUUAAUAAAGCAGUUUUCUGUAGCAAACCUAAUGAAUUUCUGCAAAUCCCCCGCCCCCCCAUUUAAGU